CGGCACGCACAGGGCGGCGCACAGGUGGGCGGGCCCUAGCGGCGCGGCCUGACGGCGGCGGGAGUCUGUGGUCGCUCCCUCGGCCCUGGCCCACGCGGCUUGCACGCUCUUCGGGGUAAUAUGGCGGACGCGGAAGUAUUUAUUUUGCCGAAGAAGCAUAAGAAGAAAAAGGAGCGGAAGUCAUUACCAGAAGAAGAUGUAGCAGAAAUACAACAUGCUGAAGAAUUUCUUAUCAAACCUGAAUCCAAAGUGGCUCAGUUGGACACAUCUCAGUGGCCCCUGUUGCUAAAGAAUUUUGAUAAGCUAAAUGUAAGGACGACACAUUAUACACCCCUUCCUUGUGGUUCAAAUCCUCUGAAGAGGGAGAUUGGGGACUAUAUCAGGACAGGUUUCAUUAAUCUUGACAAGCCCUCCAACCCCUCCUCCCAUGAGGUGGUAGCCUGGAUCCGACGAAUACUUCGGGUGGAGAAGACGGGACACAGUGGUACCCUGGAUCCCAAGGUGACGGGCUGUUUAAUUGUGUGCAUAGAACGAGCCACUCGUUUGGUGAAAUCACAACAGAGUGCAGGCAAAGAGUAUGUGGGAAUUGUCCGGCUGCACAAUGCUAUUGAAGGGGGGACUCAGCUUUCUAGGGCCCUGGAAACUCUGACUGGUGCCUUAUUCCAGCGUCCCCCACUUAUUGCUGCAGUAAAGAGGCAGCUCCGAGUGCGGACCAUCUAUGAGAGCAAGAUGAUUGAGUAUGACCCUGAAAGAAGAUUAGGAAUCUUUUGGGUGAGUUGUGAGGCCGGCACCUACAUUCGGACGCUGUGUGUGCACCUUGGUUUGUUAUUGGGAGUUGGCGGUCAGAUGCAGGAACUUCGGAGAGUUCGUUCUGGAGUCAUGAGCGAAAAGGACCACAUGGUGACGAUGCAUGACGUGCUUGAUGCCCAGUGGCUGUACGACAACCACAAGGAUGAGAGUUACCUGCGCCGAGUUGUUUACCCUUUGGAAAAGCUGUUGACAUCUCAUAAGCGGCUGGUUAUGAAAGACAGUGCAGUGAAUGCAAUCUGCUAUGGGGCAAAGAUCAUGCUUCCAGGUGUUCUCCGAUACGAGGAUGGCAUUGAAGUCAAUCAGGAGAUCGUGGUCAUCACUACCAAAGGGGAAGCAAUCUGCAUGGCUAUUGCAUUAAUGACCACAGCAGUGAUCUCUACCUGCGAUCAUGGUAUAGUAGCCAAGAUCAAGAGAGUGAUCAUGGAGAGAGACACUUACCCUCGGAAGUGGGGUUUAGGUCCAAAGGCAAGUCAAAAGAGGCUGAUGAUCAAGCAGGGCCUUCUGGACAAGCACGGCAAGCCCACGGAGAGCACACCUGUUGCCUGGACACAGGAGUAUGUCGACUACAGUGAUUCUGCAAAGACAGAGGUGGUGGCCAAAGCAGCACAAGCUCCGCAGGUAGUUGCUGAGGUGGUAAAAACUCCAAAGGUAGUUGCCGAAGCAGUGAAAGCCCCAAAGCGGAAGCGAGAGAGUGAAAGUGAUGAGACAUCUCCAGUGUCUCCACAGUUGAUCAAGAAGGAAAAGAAGAAGAAGAAAGACAAGAAGACCAAGGCUGCUCUAGAGAGUGCUGGCGAGCCGGGAGACAGGGACAGUGACAUCACCAAAAAGAAGAAGAAGAAGAAGAAAAUAAAAGUGGAAAUGCUCUCUGAGUAGUGGAAACCACUUUAAGCAUUCUGUCCAGCUGGGAGGAGAAAUUAAAGCCUUGUUGAGAAAACA